AUGCCCUUGCACCUGCCAGUAGACCUGCUGCCGUUCCUGGUCGACGGCGUGCGCAUCCCCCUGCUGUCGUCGGUGGUGGCGCGGGAGGCCGUCACGGGGCAGCUGUACCCGGGCACCGCCCUCAACCGCGCCGCGCUGACGGCCGUGCCGUGCGUUCAGAGGCUGCUGGUGUCAGAGCAUCCGGAUGACUACGCGCGGCUGAUGGCGGCGCGGCCCGGGCUGCCGCAGCUGCUGCGCAGCUUCCAGUGCUUUGUGGUGCGGGACCUACGGGUGCGCUACACAGUGACGCCGCCGCGGCCGAUGCUGGGGGUGGCGCCGGGCGGCCCGAGCAGCGACGGCGGCGGCGAGGAGGGCGGCGGCGGGCGCGGCGCGCCGCAGUCGGUGCUGGCGCCCGUGCCAGCGCUGCUGGAUGGCAUGCGGCUGUACGUUGAGGACCUGAAGGAUGACGGCGCUAUCUGCUCAGAGAUGAGCCGCCUGUUCAGCGCCGACGGCGGCCCCAACGCCGCGGUCGCGGACUUUUUGUUCCUUCUGCUGCUCAAGCUGCGGGACGCGGCGGGCGACGGCGGCGACCCGGCGGCAGCGGCGGAGGAGCUGCUCGCGCGGAAGGAGAUCGGGCAGCUGCCCGAGGGCGAGGCCCCAUGGGCAGUCGAGAUCCCGUCGUUCCUGCUGAAUGCCUUCGAUUAUGAGCAGCGCGCCGUCGCCGCCGCGGCCGCAGCCGCCGCCGCCGCCGGCGACGCGGACGUGGCAACGGGGGCGGACGGCGGGCGCGUGCUGGGCGCGAGCGAGCUGCGGCGCGAGAGGAUGGCGGCGCAGGCAGCGGCGGCGGCGGGCCAGGCGAAGCAGCACGGCGGGAUAUGGCCGCCGCCGCCGCCGUCGGGAAUGCGGGCGAGGGAGCUGUGGGUCGUCCCUGGGGCGCCCGGCAGCGGGCCGCCAGCCCGCGGCGGGGGCGCGGCGGCGGCGCCUCGUGCGGAGGCAGAGGAAGGGCCCGGGGCGCGGGACGCGGCUGCGGAGGGCGUGGCGGCCGCGGCAGCUGAGCUGGAGGGUGACGUCAUCUUGGGGGCCGCGGCCGCUGAGGCGGUAGCGCGCGCGCCGGCCACGCGGGCCGCGCGGCGCGGCGAGGGCCCGGCGCCACAGCGCGCUGGACCCCAGACGCAGGCGGGCGCAGACGAUGGCGGCGGCGGCGGCGGCGGCGGCGGCGGCGGCGGCAACGACGGCAGCGACGGUGGCGGGGACGGCGGCGGGGACGGCGGCGGGAUUGUUGACAGUGGCGCGGGCCCGGAGCGCGAGACGGUGCAGGUCGAGCAGCCGGCAGCAGGCAGAGACCUGGAAGAGCCGGGCGCCGGGCCGUCUGAGGCCGCGGACGCGCAGCCUGGGGACGUCCCUUCGGCGCCCCCGGCGGCGGCGCCCUCUCGCUUUAUGCCCCUAUGGCCGAGCGCGCUCCCGAUGCCGCCGCCGCCCGCGGUGCCCCUGGCGGGCGGCCUGCCGGGCGCCACGGCUGAGGGGGGCGCGCCGCGC